AUGCCCGCGGAAAAUAUCAACUCAGACCUCGUCCAGCCUUGGCGGGAGUGGUAUACGGCCUUGAUGGGCUCAACUCCUAAGGGAGAAGCUAUUACCAUGAAAGAUGAUGUUGACGCCGGCAUGAAUCCCGCCAAGUACGGCAUGAGUCAACACGGAACCAUUGCGCUCGAUCCUAGAGCCGAUGUUGACUUUUCGAAGGAGAAGCCUAAGCCCUCGCGGUCUGUCAAGAAGUGA